AUGGCGUUGUUAAGAAGUCUAGCAGCAAACAGAAAAAGAAUAAGAACUGGUGUUGCUACUACUGAUUUUUAUCUACCUGAUGAAAUUUGGGAGACUAUCUUCAAUUUUCUCAAAAACGACAAUCGCUGUUUAGAAUCUCUCUCCCUCGUCUCCAAGAAUUUCCUCUCUAUGACCAACCCUCUCAAAUCCUCUCUCACUAUCUGUUAUCCAACCCGUCCUUCUCUCCGUGUUCUCUUCUCUGCCAAAUCUCUAACUUCCCAUUCAAGACACUCACAUCACUCAAUCUCUCCAACCAAUCCAAAAUUCCCUGAUCCCAUACUUUGCGGCCCCAAUUGCUUCUACGAUACAGAUAAACUACAACCUCUUUCAUCGGCCUUUUCAAAACUCCGCAAACUUAAUAUCUCUCAUCAUCACUACAUCGACGACAAAAUUAUUUUCCACUUGUUCAAAAACUGUAAGUUUCUCGAGGAAGCAACAAUGUUUAACUGUUCUAACAUAACUGAUGCUGGUAUUGUUUCUGCUCUCCUCCAGAGACCAACAUUGAAGUCUCUGUCCUUUACAAAUAUUGCUCGAAUGGGUAAACAAUUUGCAACUUUUGUUACUUCACAUUUCAUUGAUUCGUUGGUGACUUUGAAGAGCUUGACUUGUCUUGAACUUUCGUUUGUUCGAAUCUCGGAUCAAAUGCUGUCGUCUAUUGCGAUGGAAGGUCUUCCUUUGACGAGACUUGUCCUCCAAUAUUGCCCAGGCUAUAGUUAUGAUGGAAUCUAUCGUUUGAUAUCUAAGUGUCAACAUAUCCAACAUUUGGCUCUUCGACAUAUUGAGGGAUGGAAAGAUUACUUUUUGAAUGAUGAACGUGUUCUCCAGUUGUCUUUGUUUCUUGGUGAUUUGGUAUCGGUUGACUUCACUCAAUUUUGGAAGCUCACAGAAUUAUCCUUGCUUGCACUCGUUAGGAACUGUCCUUCACUUAUUGAGAUCACAAUGCAAGAGACAUGUAUUGGAAAGAAUUGUAAUUAUUUGAUGAUAGACUGUGUUGUAAGCCAUCGAUUAAAGUCUCUCCAUUUGGCUCUCAAUCCAUGGUUAAGAGAUGAAAGCAUUACAAUGCUUGCUUCCUUUUUCCCCAAUUUGCAGCUGCUUGAUUUGAGCCACUGCGAUGGCAUAUCUGAACAAGGUAUUGGUCAAGUUUUAAGGAGAUUUUCGAAGAUUAGGCAAUUGAAAUUAGCCUACUGUUCAGGAGUGAACCGACUUGUUGGUAUGAACUUUGAAGUUCCCCAACUCCAGGUGUUGAACUUGUCACAUGCAAGUGUUAAUGAUGAAACACUUUAUGACAUCUCGAAGUGUUGUAGUGGGUUGUUGCAACUAUUAGUGGAAAAUUGCCGUGAGGUCACAGAGAAGGGAGUGAAGCAUGUGGUAGAAAAUUGCACCAAACUGAGAGAGAUCAAUUUGAAGAGUUGUAAUAAAGUGCAUGCUAAUGCUGAUGAUGUUGCCUCAAUUGUAAUAUCAAGGCCAUCACUAAGAAAGAUAACAACUCCGUCUGGUUUUCGUAUCCCUGACAAAACUAUUCAUGGAUGUCUUAUUUGCUAUUAUGGAGUAGUUUUAUUGGAGAGUGUAGACAUUGUAGAAGGAAGAUUAGAUCCAAGUGUAGGAAUCUGCAAACAUGCUAUAGAAGGGUUGAUUUUAGUUUGUAGUGCUAAGCUUCCUAAGGACAGACCAACCAUGAAAGAUGUUAUAAUGAUGCUUGGAGAGGCAAAGCCUAGAAGAAAGAGCAGGGGAAACAAUGAACCAUCACCAGUUAGUGGUCUUGUGUAG